CUUCCGGCUGCGUACACGGCCAUCGCGCUUGGUUUCGUCGACUCUGUUCUGUCCGGUGGUGUCCACGCGUCGUUUGUGUGCUGCUGAUCUUUGGCGACGUCUCUGUACAUCCUAUUCCCGUAAUCGCUCAUCGUCUGCGCUCCGCAGUUCUAUAUCAUCCGAGGGAUCUCUUUUGUUUGUCGUAUGUCCAUCCAGAAUCUCAACACAUUCGACCCCUUUGCGGAUGCAAUCAAGGGUUCAGACGAUGACGUCCAGGACGGCCUCGUUCAUAUAAGGAUCCAGCAGCGGAAUGGUCGCAAAACUUUAACAACGGUGCAAGGACUCUCCUCGGAAUAUGACUUGAAGAAAAUCGUGAGAGCAUGUAAAAAGGAGUUUGCCUGCAAUGGGACAGUAAUAGAGCACCCGGAGUACGGGGAGGUGCUGCAGCUGCAGGGGGAUCAGCGAGAGAAUAUAUGCCAGUGGCUGACAAAGUCAGGUCUGGCAAAACCUGACCAGCUCAAGGUCCAUGGUUUUUAAUCGAUUAACAACAGCAACAAUAUCACCAUCCAAUGCCACAGCAUACUACUACAACAACAACAGCAGCAGCAGACAAGCUCCGCCUCUCGUCAGCGCUACAUAAUCGUCUCAAAUUGAAUCUGUAUAUCACUCACUAAACUCCUCUUGUGGGAUUUCCUGAUUAUACUAUCACGUCAACAUAUAAAUAUAUAUAUAUAUAUAUAUACACACAAUAUAUAUCCACACGCGCGCAUAUAUAUUUCAAUAAAAAAAAGAAAACGAAACGGAGGGAAGUAAACAAUAGAGGGUAGAGGCUAAUAAAAGAAAGGAAGAAGAAAAGAGAUAUAGGGAAGAAAAAGGAGGAUAUAUAAGCGUAUAACUGGCGUAUAUACCCGUAGGCAAUAUAUCUAUUCUAAUCAGAAUCUUUCUCGAAAUAAAAAAAAUAAAAAAAGCAAUACGACACACUGUAAGCCUUAUGUUAGGUGAUAGCAGCUGUUGAGGUAGAAGAUUCCCUGCUUCGCGGCAGUGGAUAGGACACAUCCGAUUUUGAUAAACACCGAGGAGGCAAGAGGAGGAGGAGAGGCAUAGAUGAACGAGCGGUAAUUAAGCAGCGCCGAAUGGAUGUUCGUUCUUGCAUUAGGUAGUAUGUAUCUGGGCGCGAUAGACGUGUUCCGAGAAGGUGGUAGAAUUGUAGGUCAGUCGACUCUGCUCUCUCCCUCCUCGCGUCCGCCGCACUCUUCUUUACAUCCUCUCGUUAGUAAAAACUAUGAGAUUUUUUUAAAUGUUUAUAUCGAGAAAAUUUUAGAGCGAGCGCGCGCGAGAGAAAAAAAAAGAAAGAAAAAGAUUUCCCGCAUUUGUUUUUCAUUGUGAUGAUUUGUUGAAUAUUUGUGUAGUCAAUUUUCGAUUCUUCCUUUUGCGUAGAGGACAUUCCUCCGCUCCCUCACCCCGUAUCACGUCUUCGCUCUUGCUUCCUCCUUUUUAAGGCAGUAAUAAAUGACGAAUUGUUUUGAAAUAAUAAGAGUUAAUAAAAUGUGGCUGUUCUAGAUAAAUAAAUAAUGGGUAAAUGAAUAUGGCAUGACCAUGUUCUUCUCCCUUCUCUUCCUUUUCAUUGUUCCAACUCUAAGAUCGAAGUUGCUGUUGUAAAACUUGUCAACUAUGUGUAUGAAAAAUUGAAUAUUUUAGAAAUAUACUAAUUUUUUUGCUUA